CAGCUCGAAAAGAACAGACCUAGCAUUUCUCCCUUUCUCAAGUGAAGUAAAAGAAUAAAAUAAGUGCCAUUUAAUCACUUGAAGACGAUGUUCUCUCUUUAGCAGUCUAUAUGCUUUUCAUGUGAAAGAAUACGUUCCACCUCUAUUUUCUACAAGUUUUACGGACGUUAAUCUUGUCUUUGUUACUUUUUAUUGUGUACUCUACUCGAAAAUGGAAGACGUAUGUAUUUCCGAUAAGUGAAGAAGGUUCAUACAAAGACAUCGAGGAACUUGACAUUCCUUGAUAAGAAUUUCACAAAGUUUCUGGAGCAAUGGAUGAGAAGCAAACAGAAAAUCCAAUCUCCAAAGAUCAUUUAGACAAUACUAAUGUACCUGUGAUAACAGCUGAUUUAGAGAUGCUUAGCAUAGAUAUUAAUUCGCCACCUACAGAAACCAAGAGGAUUCUUAGGAAAAGGUUGUCUAAGCCUCCUUCUGUAGACAACGAUUCUACAGAAAUGGUUAAACGAAGGUGUAGCUUGAGACCAAAAAAAAGAAGGAUCUAUGAGAUGGAGGAGACAGAAGAAGAAAUUGUCAAGGAAUAUUAUUUAGAUAAAAAAAUAAAUAAGAAACCAAAUAAUCUUGAAACAAUAUUUGAAGAAACCCAGAAUUCGGACGACGAUACUACAAUACGUAUGAGUGCAAAGAGAUUUAAGAGAAUGUUGAUGUUUGCUCCUACAGCUUCCAAGCUGAAGAAGAGACGUGCGAAGAUACAAAGAGUUUUUGGAUCUAAGGUCAGGUAUAAGAGAUGUGGUUCGAUGCAAGCUCUUAUAGAUAAAUUAAAUACUAUCAGAGAGAAUUCACCAAUAAAAAUUGACAGCGAACUCAAAUGAUAUCAGAUUUCUCAAUGACAUAUUUAAAUACCUUUUUUUUUUUGAGA